UCGCGUCUUUUUCUCGUCGUUUAUCGUCAACAAACUAUAUAAAAAAAGUUCUUAUCGAGAGCCAUUGACUACGUAUGCGAAUUUAAGUGACUAUAAUUGAAUGAAAAGUGCAAGAUACAUUUACGAAUAUAGCAAGAGAUACACAUACUAUACAUAGUUAUAGAGCAGCUGCUUUGGAUUUGCAAUAGACUCUAGACUCCACUCCGAUUGAAGGGCGCGCGUGGCAGGCACGCGUCGCAUGCCGCUGUGUGGCAUACAGAGAGAGAGAGAGAGAUAGUUAAUAUCUCAACCCAUUCGAGUAUUGUCAACAAUAAUAACAAGAACAACAACGAUUAUUAUUCAAACAAAGCAACAGUGCAAGCCCACACAAACAUACACCCACACACAUCCACACACUCACAGACGAUAUUGCAACGGCUACAGCAAUGUGCUGCCUGCAUCUGAAGAACUUUAAAUGCGCGAUUCGUGUGCCCACCGAGCGGUCAGUGAACACUUUGUCCACGUGCCACAAGAGUUAAAUUAGCCAGCAAAUCAGUUGAAAGGCUCGAAAACCCAGUCAAAUAAUUUCAAUAAGAACAUACACAGAGUACCGACUCAUACAUCUUUACACUCUCACCACGCACACACUUUAAGUCAUCGCGCUGUUAGGGGCAGCAUGCCACGCCCACGCCCAAUACCGCCGCUGCCGCUGCUGCUGUUCAGCCUGCUCAGCGUGCUGGGCGGUCUGGUGCUGGCGCAGCGUCCACUUCUGAACCACACCUUCAACUCGCUGCCGAUGUCGCAGCAUCAGAGCAACAGCUACAACAACUACAACUAUCAGGGCCCAAACAAGCAACUGCGCAACGGCCGCCUCCAUGAGCAGCCCCAACCGUUGCCGCUGCCCACUUUGCCCGGCCUGGCGCAGCCCGUGCAUGUCUAUGAUGACUACGAGGGCGAGGGCAGCCAGGGCACCUUUGGCUCGCGUCCACCGCCGGGCAGUCGACGGGAUACAAGACGUCGCCAGAACUUGUCACAAGUAGGCGCAGGCGGUAUACCACGACCUGAACGUGGCAAUGGACAGCGGGGUAUUGAGUCGCUACGUAAGGAGCUGCUAAAACCUUCAGUGGGUGGCCCCGGCGGCGGCAUAUCCGGCAGCAGCGCCGGCUAUGCCUCCUAUUCGGGCACCUCGUCCAUCGGCAAGAUCAAUGGCCAGGGCGCUAUUGGCUCGGCGGAUCGAUAUGGCGAAAAAUUACGUCAGCCGACAGCGGGCACCGAUAAUCUGGCCAUUCGCGCAUAUCCGCGCAAGAAUCCCCUCAACGAAUUGCGUAAACUAAAGAAGAGCUUCAAUCAGGCCGAUGAGCCGGCUGGUGGCGUCACACAUGGCAAUAUGGAGGGUGAUACCGACAUUGAUGGCGAUCAAAUCGACCCCAUACAACAGAUAAAGGAACGCAUACGUGAUACGGCGCCCAAGCCCAACACUUACGCACCCCAUACGGAGUCGACGCCUUCGUCGGAAAUGGAAGAUUUGCUGGGCGUCAAAUGUAAUUUCGAGACCUCUUGCGCCUGGGUCUGGACAAAGAAUCUGAUGGAUGGCUUCCAAGUGAUUAGCGGCACCGAGCUGGCGAAGAAGAAUAUGACAGGUCUGAUGCCUGGACCCGUGGCCGAUAGCAUUGACGAUGCCAAUGGUCACUUCCUUUACGCUCGAGUACAGCCCGCAACGAAGCAAUUGAACCUGACUUCACCCUGGUUUAGCACCACACUGGAGAAAUGCUUCCUGGAGGUGUAUAUGCACCAAAGUGACAUGAGUCAUGGACUGUCUCGGGUGGUUGUGGAGCCACUACAUCCGCAGGAGAGCAGCUGGGUGCCUGCGGAAAUUCAAGGCGACAACUUUCGCUCCUGGACACAUCGAUUAUUUCGUCUUGGUCGUAUUUCGCGAGACUUUCGAAUUGUGUUCGAGAUUGUGCCGGAUCUUAAGCAGGGUCAGAAAGCGCAUGUGGCGCUCGAUAAUCUACGCAUGGUUAACUGUUUUCCCGAGGGCACCAAAUCGGAAAAGUGCAGCACAUCGCAGGUCAAGUGCAUGAUGAACAAAGUGCCCGUCUGUAUUCCAUUGCCGCGUAUCUGUGACAUCACUCGCGAUUGCGACGAUGCCGAAGACGAGUUGCAGUCAUGCGACAAGAUACCCUUUGGCGGACGCUGUGACUUUGAGGAAGAUUGGUGCGGCUGGCGAGACUCUGGCAAGACAACAUUGACUUGGUCCCGUCACACGGGUUCUUCACCCACCCAUGACACUGGCCCCGAUGGCGAUCACACACAGCAACAUCUGCUCAACGCCACUGGUGGCUACUACAUGCUUGUCAACAUGAAUCAGCACAUCAACAACUCGGAGAAGAACUCUAUCAUUGGCUUUGCCAGCAAUGCCAUAAUGUUAAGCAAAACAUUUAACCCGCCACCUUCGGUUCAUGGUAAUCCCGACUCACCCUACCGGAAUUCAUGUGUGGUGCGUUUCUAUAUUCAUCAAUUCGGCAAGAAUCCGGGCAGCAUUAAUCUAUCUGUUGUGGAAAUGAAGGAGAAGGAGAAUAUUACAACUACUCUCUGGUGGAGCACCAAGAACCAGGGCAGUGAUUGGCUGCGUGCCGAGUACGUGCUACCUAAUAUUACCUCAAAAUACUAUCUACAGUUUGAAGCCCGCAUGGGCAUGCGCAUCUUUUCGGACGUGGCUGUGGAUGACUUUUCGCUUAGCCCUGAAUGCUUUGGUCUAAACAUACCCGAAGAACAUCUUAAUGGCUACAAUUAUUGGGACGUCAGAUACAAUCAAAAGAGUCCUACGCAUCAUGACUUUGAUCACACGAACUACUUAGAGCUUACAAGUUGCGAUACUAGAGGUAUGAUAGGACCGACACAAUCGCAAUGCGAAAGCGCCUACAAGGAGCAGAAUCAGUCGCAUGUGCUUCGCGAGGUUCAUGUUGUCGAGGAUCAAAGCACCUACAAAGGCAUGCAAAAGUGGAAGGUGCCCAACGAGGGUCAUUACACAAUCAUUGCUAAAGGCGCGAGCGGUGGCCUUGGAUCCGGAGGGGUAGGCAGCUCUCGUGGAUCUGUUGCCAUCGCUGUACUAGAGCUGCAUAAGAAUGAAGAGCUCUAUUUUCUGGUGGGGCAGCAGGGCGAAAACGCCUGCAUCAAAUCAAUGAGCAUACAUAAGGAAGCCGGCUGUGGCACAGAACAUGAACUGGAUCUGGGACAGUAUAGUUUUCGCUCCAAGCAGGACAUGGUGAAAAACAUAUACAUUGAAAAUGGCGCUGGCGGCGGUGGUGGAGGAUCCUUUGUUUUCCUGCUAAACCAGGCCAAGAACGAGGCCGUGCCAUUGCUGGUUGCCGGCGGAGGCGGUGGUCUGGGCAUUGGGCAGUACAUUGACGAGGAUUUCCAGCACGGGCAGAAAGCCAAGCCGCUGCAAGCACCCGAAAGCGGUCAGAUUAAUGGUGAACCACUUAACAAAAAGACCGCUGGUCCAGGAGGUGGAUGGCGUGCCAAGGAAGAUCAGGCCCUUAGCCCGACCUAUGGUGCAGCGCUGCUACAAGGCGGACGUGGUGGUCACUCCUGCUAUGUAGAGCUGGCCGACAAUGGCACGUCUGUUCACAGGCAUGGACAAGGCGGAUUUGGUGGUGGCGGCGGUGGUUGCAAUACUGGCGGCGGUGGUGGCGGCUAUGCUGGCGGCGAUGUCUACCUCAAUGAAUCCAAUGGCGAGGGCGGCAGCUCCUACAUAAGUAGCAGCCGCAGCCUGAGAGACACCAGUGAAGUUCAUGCAGGAGCAAGCAGCGGUGCAGGUGCCAUCAUCAUCAUUCCCGCUAUUGAGGGCUGUGGCUGUGACUAUCGUUGUGUGGCUUUGGAUGAGUUUAGGUCAAAGGUGCGUUGCAUUUGCCCAGAGGGUUGGAGUCUAAAGCGGGACAACAACACGGCCUGCGAACGGCAGGAAGAGGCGGGCAAAUCCUCCUAUCAGUAUUUGGUAUCCGGCCUCAUGUUUUCGCUUGCCGUGCUCUUCAUCAGCAUUGCGGCACUCAUAUUUAUGCUAUAUAAUCGUUAUCAACGCAAAAAGCAGGCAAAGCUGCGGCAUAAGAUGCUGGCGGAGCAGGAUCUUCAGCUUAGUCGGCUUCGUCAUAAUAUUGAUGACUCUAAUCUGAAUAACUUCAAUCCCAACUAUGGCUGUGAUGGCAUACUCAAUGGUCAUAUUGAUGUCAACAGUUUGCCGCAGGUGGCACGCGAGAGUCUCCAGCUUGUGAAUGCACUGGGCAAGGGUGCCUUCGGUGAGGUCUAUCUGGCGUUAUAUCGACAUCGCGAUGGUGAUGCGGUAGAAAUGCCAGUGGCUGUGAAAACCUUACGCGAGGAUCCCAAGCGUGAGAAGGAGGAGGAUUUCUUGAAGGAGGCUGCUAUAAUGGCCAAAUUCAAUCACCCAAAUAUGGUGCAUCUCAUUGGCGUCUGCUUCGAUCGUCAGCCCUACUACAUUGUUCUCGAACUGCUGGCUGGCGGCGAUCUGCAAAAGUUUCUGCGCGAGAAUCGUAACACACCGGAGCGUCCCUCUCUGCUGGCCAUGAAGGAUCUGCUUUUCUGCGCUCUAGACGUGGCCAAAGGCUGUCGCUACAUGGAAAGCAAACGUUUCAUUCAUCGCGACAUUGCCGCCCGUAAUUGUCUCCUGAGCAGCAAGGGACCGGGACGUGUGGUGAAGAUUGCGGAUUUUGGCAUGUCUCGUGACAUCUACAGAUCAGACUAUUAUCGCAAGGGUGGCAAGGCAAUGUUGCCGAUUAAAUGGAUGCCUCCCGAGGCGUUCCUUGAUGGCAUUUUUACAUCCAAGACGGACGUCUGGUCGUUUGGCAUACUGCUGUGGGAAGUGUUCAGUCUGGGUCGCUCGCCCUAUCCCGGCCAGCAUAAUACCCAGGUAAUGGAGCUGGUGGUGCGUGGCGGUCGUCUUGGUUCGCCCACCGAAUGCCCCGUGUCCAUAUACAAGAUUAUGGCCGACUGCUGGAAUCCCACGCCCGAAGAUCGGCCAACUUUCACAAGCCUGUUGGAGCAUCUAACCACAUGCACGCAGGAUGCCAGCAUUAUGAAUGCACCGUUGCCCAAUAUACUGGGACCCACGGCAUCUGAACGCGAUGAAACUGUCAUCCGGCCACCCAACGGCGAGGAGUUCUGUCUAGCCGUGCCCGAUUAUCUGGUGCCGCUGCCCGGCAAUGGAGCACCACAUGCUCCCGGUGGCGUAGCAUAUGCACCAACCGCCCAGAGACAGCAAAACACAUGCACUCCCCCAGCUGUUACCUCACCCGCCGCACCAAAGCCCACAAUGCCAGACACUUUGGAGGAUGCUGCAGCCGCAGCUGGUCUAGUCGGCGGCGAUUGCUGGGAGACCUCGUUCAUAUUACCAAACUCGAAGAGCGACCAGCCGCUGCUCAGUGCCAGUGCCAUAACCACUAUGGCCAAUGGCGAUUCCCAGCGAAAUCUGCAAGCUGCGGCCGCUAUCGCUGCGGCCUCAGCCCAUGCCACCCCCAUAUUGCGUUCGCCCACGCAUAGCGAUGAGGCCAAACUGAUUAGCUUGGAUACACCGCAACCGACGCCGACGACCAUACAGCCGCCGUUGUCGUUUGCCUCCCAACUGGAUGGCAUUACACUCGAUCCAGCAGCGUUAUCAAAGAGCCUGACCAAUGGAGGCACACCCAAUGGCAGCGUCAAGCAGUCGUACGCCAAUGUGCAGGUCCAAAUGAAGUCUGAUCCGGACAGAGAUUGCAACAACAAGCUGAACGGUAGUUUGCCCACAGGCAAUGGAGUCAUUCUCAAUGGAGAGACUGCAGGCGGCAAGAUAUCGGCAAACGAUUCACCUUUCACCAUCCAAGGAUACGCGGAACGCUAUAAGGACAACAAUAAUCAUUCCGAAAUUAGUUGUUAGAGUGUCCAUCAGCAAAGGUCAUUGUGCAGCAUUUUGUGUGUCCUUUCGGCCGCAAACUCCAAGUUUGCUGAAUCCCGAAAUGAAUCCAUGAAUACGAGUCUUGAGUUGUCAAAACAGUUGCUUGUCAGAUAGUGAUGUGUACAUUAGGCUUCAGGGCUUCGUCCCAGUCAUGAUUUGUUUUUGGCGCUAAAAAGCGCAGUUUAAUAUACUAAUAAUAAUAUUUAUGGGAAAUGCGAAAAUAAACAAAAACAAGAUCACAGAAACAAAACAAAACAAAAUCGAGUGAGAAGUUCACAAAAAUUAUAAUGUACUCUAAAAUUAAUCUAAAUUUCUAUGCGCAAAACAAUGACGCAAUGCUAUAAAUUAUACAAUUUUAAAAUUAGUUUAAAAUUAUUUUAGUUUUAAAAGCGAUUAGUUUAACAAUUGCCAGAGGUUGUACAUAAGUAUUGUAAUUUCAAGAUUAGUUGUCAAUUUCAAUAUUUGGUUUUAAUUUUUUUUUUAUUAUUUAUGUUAAUUUAAGCUAAUGACUGAAAUGCUAAACAAUAUUCCUAAAAACCAACCAAUUAAAUUCAUUUUUUAUACAUAUGCAGUCCAAUUGAAUCUAAUAGCAGUAUCACACUACACAACAAAAACAAAGAAUCAAACCAAAAUAUACGAGCUCAUAGUAGUUUUUAAUUUAGUUAUCAUUUCUUGUUAAAUAUUUCUGUAUUACUUUAAAUGUUACGCAUAGUCCAUAUACAAUAAAAUGCAAAAUUUGAAUUUUUAAUAUUUUUAAUUUAUUUAGUCUGAAAUUUUAUUGAAAUUUAUUAUUUUAACCUGUAAAUAAAGGCUUCCGUCGUAGUAUAUGAACUUAUGUAUUUAAUGUCUAAGCUUAAUUUAGAAUGUAAAAUAUAUACAUAUAAACCAUAUUGAAAUGAAAAGAAAACUACAAUUUACAGGGUGAUUUUUAUAAAAAUUCAGUUGUAUGUUUAAAAAACGAAAACAAAUUAGUAUUAACAAUUUAGAAAACCAGAAAAAACACAAUAUUUUGUCUAUCUUAAGUUGGGAUCCAAAACUUUUAAUUUUUAAAUUAAAGUCACACAGAAAAUGGAGAAAUUUGAAAGAAAAAAAAUAUAUAUUAUUGCGUGUGCGAGAAAAUUGUUGAAAAAUAUUUUCAAAUUUUUUGCGUUGACCAACAAAAGAUAAAACAAAACCAAAGCGAGCAGCCGAAGCCGCAGCUUUAAUUAUGCAACUCGCAUUUGUUUAAAUAAUUAAGGAAUAUACUGUUGUUGCUGUAUGUGUUAAAUUGCGAUGCAUCCAAAGGUCAAAGGUUGCCGAUUGAAGAUCGACGAUCGAGGCGGUAAUUCAAAUUUUUACAUUUAGUUCAGACGUAACAAACAAGCUUUAAAUUAUAUAAUUUUUAUAAAAAUAUAUAUACACAUGGCAUGAAAUAUACAAAAAAAAUAAGACGCAUACUUAUAUUUAACAAGAGGAAAAGAAUGUAUGCGUUAAAGAAUAAAAAAUAUAAAAAAAGAGAUAUUGAUAAAUUAUACAAUACACACAAAAAGUAAAAUUAACAUGGCUAAUUUGUGGGAUAAGCUUAGAAGAAAUAUUAACGAAACAUUUAAUGUAUAUGAUGUUUAUGAGCGUAUACUAAAUGUUAUCAUGUUCAGUGUGUGUUAUACUAUAAACAUACAUAUAUACAAAUGUAUAUACAUGCAACGUACAUACAUCCAUACAUACAUACAUACAUAUGUGCAUACAAACAAAAUAAUAAAUGAUGAUAAUGAUAAUGAUAAUGAUAAUGAUAAUGAUAAUGAUAAUGAUAAUGAUAAUGAUAAUGAUAAUGAUAAUGAUAAUGAUAAUGAUAAUGAUAAUGAUAAUGAUAAUGAUAAUGAUAAUUAUAAUGAUAAUGAUAAUGAUAAUGAUAAUGAUAAUGAUAAUGAUAAUGAUAAUGAUAAUGAUAAUGAUAAUGAUAAUGAUAAUGAUAAUGAUAAUGAUAAUGAUAAUGAUAAUGAUAAUGAUAAUGAUAAUGAUAAUGAUAAUGAUAAUGAUAAUGAUAAUGAUAAUGAUAAUGAUAAUGAUAAUGAUAAUGAUAAUGAUAAUGAUAAUGAUAAUGAUAAUGAUAAUGAUAAUGAUAAUGAUAAUGAUAAUGAUAAUGAUAAUGAUAAUGAUAAUGAUAAUGAUAAUGAUAAUGAUAAUGAUAAUGAUAAUGAUAAUGAUAAUGAUAAUGAUGAUUGUGUGUACAUAUGAAUGUAUCUAUGUAUGUAUGUUUUGCGCAUAUACGCAUAAAAUUCAUAUUUGUAUAUGUAUGUAUGUACGUGUAAAAAUAAGCAUAUUAUAUAUCUAACUAAAUGUAUGUAUGAUAAAAUAAACAUUUAUUAGCUGAGAGACGGAAACAUUUGAGCAUGUAAAUUACACUUAAACGCAUGUAUUGCAUAUUAAAUCACAAUAAAGUAAAUAAAAAAGAAUGAAUGAUGUACAAACAUUAAUUGAGAUUACCAAUAAAAUAUGCUCUAUAUUAAUUCACAAAUUAUAAAUAAAAAGAAACCAAUUAAAGCUUCAAUAUAUACAUAUAAGAUUCUUGACAUCCACAGCUAAAAAAAAUGUUAGAACUUAACUUAAAACUUACUUUUUGCUCAAACGCGUAUUCUUUGCAUUGCAAUGGAGUGAAAGGAACUAAAAUAUACCCAUUGCAUUACAUAUUAAUGUAUGUAUGUCAUGGAGUAAAUAUUUAUACUACUUAUGUACUUACUUAUAUGUAUGUGUAUCUAUUAUGGUUGUGCUGAGGCAUGUAAGGGCGUCUUUGGAGCCCCAAAACAAAUACAUACCUAUUAAAUAUGCGUUAAAUAUAAGAAAAUGCUCAUAAGUAUAUGUACUUUCACAACACUUUCUUAAAUUUUUAUUUUAAUUAGUAUCAUGAUUAAUUUUGCAUUACUAAACGAUGUAGUGGAUGGAUCAGAAUAAGAUCAGAAUCGAUUUUCAGACUCCUCCAUUGACAGGGCUUUCGCAUAUUUAUUUCAACGCCCACAUUGUACCCUGAUGUAAACACUUUGUGUACCUAAAGUCCAGAACCUGACAAAAGUUACAUAUUUAUCGCAAAUACCAAACCAUAAUAUACCAUCUACAUACAUAUAUCUAUUGUUAAUGUUGGCGUAUAGUCAAAUGACCUGUUAAAUCGAAUUAAAUCGAAUCUUUAGUUAAAUUCAGACCAUCCACUGCUGCCUCGGCCAGAAACAUGAAUAUUAUUAAAACAUAAAUGGUAUUUAUCAGCAGUAAUAAUUAUAAUUUUUUUGUUUUUCGUUUUUUUAAAUAUGCCGCCAAAAAAUAUCAGUAGAUUGAAAUACAGUUCAUUUCUCCACAAUAAAAAGUCGCAACGAAAUUAUGAAUUAUAAAAAAAAUAUACAACAAAAACUAAAAUCAAUGAGAGAAUGAUUUUAAGAAUACAAGAAAAGGAUACUUAAAAGAAUAUACAUAA